CCCAAAAACAAUUUAUUCAAACAAGUAAAGAAAGGAAUUCAUAUAGCUUCCCCUGCACCUCUUUUAAACCCCUCUGUCUGUCUCUCUCUCUCUCAACAUGGCAUCAUUUUGUAGCAGAACAGGCUUGAUCAAUGUUUUCCUUCUAUUCUCAAUCACUUUUUCAGAUUAUGGUUUGAUACAAGGAGUGAAUUCACUUGGUAUCAAUUAUGGCCAAAUUGGGAACAAUUUGCCAUCACCAGAUGAGGUUCUUGAUCUUUUAAGCUCCCUUAAGCUUACAAAAGUUAGAAUCUAUGACACCAACCCACAAAUUUUGACAGCAUUUGCAAGCUCCAAUGUUGAGCUUAUUGUGACAGUUGAAAACCAGAUGUUAGCCACUUUAAUGGAUUCUCAGCAAGCCCUUCAAUGGGUUAGUACCCACAUCGGGCCUUACUUUCCUGCAACAAAUAUCACCGGGAUCGAUAUUGGCAACGAAGUUUUCACCGACGAUGACACGACGAUACUGAUGCAGAAUCUUGUUCCUGCUAUGGUCAGCAUUCAUGGUGCUCUAGCUCAAUUAGGCUUAGACAACUACAUUAGAGUCUCUUCACCACAUUCACUUGCCGUAUUAAGCAAUUCGUUCCCUCCUUCUGCUGGUAGUUUCAAGAGUGAAGUUUCAGGGGUCAUGACACAAUUCUUGCAAUUCCUGUCAAGCACAAAUGCACCAUUUUGGAUCAAUGCGUAUCCUUAUUUUGCAUACAAGGAUGACCCCAAUACAAUCUCUCUCGAUUACGUUCUUUUCAAUCGUAAUUCGGGGAUGGUUGAUCCUAACACAAAAUUACACUAUGACAACAUGCUUUAUGCACAAGUAGAUGCCGUUCUUUUUGCUAUGGCAAGGUUGGGUUUCAAUGGGAUUGAAGUUAGAGUCGCCGAGACCGGUUGGCCAUCGAAAGGAGAUGCCAAUGAAGUCGGUGCCACAGUACAGAAUGCAGCGACGUACAAUAGGAAUAUAUUGAGAAGGCAACUAGCUAAUGAAGGUACUCCUCUGAGGCCUAACAUGAGGCUUGAAAUAUACUUGUUUGCUCUGUUCAAUGAGGAUAUGAAACCCGGACCGACAUCGGAGAGGAACUAUGGUCUUUUCCAACCCGAUGGAUCCAUGGCUUACAAUGUUGGUCUCUCUGCCUUGUCAUCAUCAAAUCCUUCAUCAACAUCAUCUGCUACCAUUUCUCUUGCUUCCUCUGCUACUAAGGCUGCAAACAAGGAAUAUGAUCAAAGCUUGGUGUACUGGAUGUUUGUGUUUUUGCUGACCCUUCAAGUUUUUAUGAGAAGACUAUAUUAAGCAAAAAUGGAAUCCCAUGUACAUAUAUAUAUUGCCUUCUUCUGGUACGUAAGAAACAAUUCAUCAUUCUCUUUUGGGUUGUGUUUUGCAUUUCAAACUUGAAGAUAAAAAGACCCAUUAGGCUGACCAUAUAUAGGUUAUAUAACUUAGAAUGGGUAUUUAUUAUUAUUAUUUAACAUUGGUGGAAUGAGAAUAUUGCUUUCAUUGACACUAGUCAAUCAAUCUAGCAGACUGAUCCAAAGAUUAGUAUUCUUUUUCUGUAACAGAGCCAACUAUUAUC